AUCAGUGUGGAUUACUGAGCGGAACACUUGUCUUUCUUCAUCUUUUGACCGUAGUCAACAUUAGCCAUAAUGGCUGAAGGUUCUGAAUGUACCCCUUCUUUGAGCGCCGAGAAUCACCACCCUAGAAGAGAGGAGGAGGGAGGAGGAGGAGGACCACCUGAUCCAGAGUCAAACAGAGGAGGUGGUUUGACUGAUGCCCAGAGAGAGGUCUUACAAAGAUAUCUUCAUGCACUUACACAUGCUAAAAACGAUAGCCAUACGCUGGCUGCACUUCUUUUGAUCACCCGUUUGUGCCCAGCCAGCCAGUUAGACAAAUCCACAUUGAAGCACAUAUUUGAGGCAGUGGGCCUUAAUCUCCCAGCUCGGCUCUUGGUGACUGCAGUUAGAGGGAGUGAAAGCUCUGCCUUGCCUCCGGAGGAGCUCUUCUCACUGGGAACGGCUCUGUUGGCUGCCCUGAGCACAGACCCAGACAUGGCCUCUCACCCACUGCUCCUCACCACUGUCCCACUGCUGCUUGGCGUCCUAGCAGAUGGCCCCAUGUGGACCAAACAGGAACAAGCAGACCAGAGACAGAAGCAGUCCAAACAAGGUUUGGAAACGGAAACAGGACAUACAGCGAGUGAAAAUGAUGAGGUCCAGUCAACAGAGAUUUCACACACAACAAAUACCGCUGUCACUAUGUCUAAACCACAGAAUAACCCACUGGGAGAGAGAGAGGGCAGUAAAGAUAAGGAGAGCAAUGGAGAGAAAGAAAUCCCAACGUCUCAUGGAGUCUCACCAUCUUCCAAGCUUGAUGAGGCCAUGGCAGCUGACUGCUACCAGGUUUUGGCUGCUGUGUGUGCUUUACCCAGGGGCCCUGACCAGCUACUCACCAGGGGUGCCAUCCCUGUACUGUGCCGCGCACUGGAACAAAACCAGACCCUAAGCCAAAAGAGGGGCCUUGCCUUGCUGGGUUGCCUCCUUUCAGGCAAAACUAAGGACAGAGCAUGGAGUAAACACCCUAGUGAACUCCUCUCUGUACUGGUUAGGGUCUCCAACAACUUCUGUCAAGCCAAAGACCAGACUAGGCUGGAUAUGUGUGUCAAGUUGCUGCAGUUCCUACCCCCACCAGGUGUGAUGGCAGAAAGUGAGGAAUUGAAGAAAGCCGUGGCUAGUCUGUGGGGGGAGUUGAGGCCCAUGAUGCAGGCUAAGUUGACACCAAGACAGAUAGGGUCAGUUCUGGUUCUCUGUGCUUGUCUUUUGGAUUUAUAUGGCUGGGAGCCUGUUGGCCCUCCAAAGUUGUGCUGUUUGCUAGUAAACCGGGCUUGUAUAGAAGUCAGAAUGGGCCUGGAGGAACCACCUGGAAGCGAUCUGAGCCCCCAGCUACAACACACACUCACAGGCUGUUAUCGUAUCAUGGAGGCUGCCAUGGAGCAGGCCUGUAUCCAGGGAGUCACACAGAGUGUCGCACCACCACAGAGUGCCCUGAGUGGGUUGAGUCUGCAACAGAGCAGGCAGGUUCUCAGGGUGCUAGAGGAGGCCUUCUCUGCUGUAAUAUACUACCUACAACAGGUGGACAAGAGCCGCUAUGGUGACCCUUUCAUUUUUGCCACAUUCCGUUGUCUCUGCUCUUGGCUGGCAGAGGAGACUUCCUGUCUAAAGGAGGAAGUGACUAACCUGCUGCCAUUCCUCAUUGGCUACACAAGGAGCCAUCUGCUGGAUGAAAGCCAAGAGCAGGGUCUCUCAAGCUGGAUGUCUGAGAUUUCUUUUGGUGUGAGAGGAAGUGCUUGGACAGGCAAAGAUACUCUGAGGUAUCUUCUCCCAGGUCUCUGCCACCUCUCAGCAGAGGAAGGCCCUAGGAAGGUGCUCCUUACCCUGGACACCCCUGCCCUCCUGGUAGACUUUCUGUCACGGGGUUGGAACUCCUUAAAAGGGAAAACUGGGACGGCUUCAGCCAGGGACCCCAGUAUGGAAACAGCAUGCUCAGCUCUCCUCAACUUCACCGUCACAGAGCCAGACAGAGUCAGGAAGGAUCCAUGUUUCAGAACCCUCGAGUCCCUUCUUAGUGAAGCACUUCCAGUUUUAAUCCAUAAACCCCAGCUCCUGGUCCUAGCAGCCAAUUACUGCACUCUGGGGCUAAUGAUUGGCAGACUCAAAGAAGCUCCACCAGGACCAGUUAAACCAGGGCAGAAGCAGUUCUUCUCUGCAGCUCUCCGGUUCCUCCGUGGGGCCUUGAACUCGGGCUCCAGCCCCGGCCCAGUUAGAGUGAGCCCCAGUUGGGAAGAGUGGUGGGAGGAGGCUGAAGAGCUCUGGAGGUUGGGGCUGCAGGCCCUAGGUGGCUGCAUCCGUGCCCAACCCUGGAUCACUACGCUGGUCAGAGAGGAAGGUUGGAUGACACACACACUCACCAUAUUGGGAAAAUGUAGCGCAUUACCUGACCCACACACACAAGAGGCACUAGAGGAGGCUCUGUGUGCCAUGGCCGACCAGUGCCCAUUCUGUAAACAGGAGAUUGCCAACUUAAUGGUGGAAAAGAGUAAGGGAGCUCUGGACAGUAUGGCGAGCUUGAAGAAAUCAGUGGGAGUGAAGUGACACUAAAUUGAUGCUUAUUGUCACUGAGGUGACAUUGUUCUUGCUAAUGAAAUCUAUUGAGCUGGUUAAGGUUGAAAAAUUAGACCAUGCUAACCAAAAAAAGGGAGUGCUCACCCUUUUUAGAUAUUAUAUCCUCCCUGUGUGCAGGACGUUCUUGAAUUAUGUGACCAUCAGAUACGGCUGCAAAAAUAAACUGUAAGUCUAGUCAUGUUUUAAUGAGGUUUCAUGUCUAUGAAAGAAAAAUGUCUUCCUAUGUUCCACUCUGAUCAGUAUAAUCAAAGGUAAAUUGUGUUAAAACUGUUGUGCUCUCCACAAAGUUCUACCAAGAUGCAACAAGUUCCUACAUGUGACUGGCAAAUUAGUAUUUAAUAAAGAACUAUUUUGUU